AUGGCUACUGCCCAAAUGUCUUCUGAUCUUCACAAACCCUCGUUUGCCAAGGUCGCCGCCUCCGUCUCCAAGGACUCCGCACCUCCAGCGAUUCGAAGGAUCGCCACACCAUCUAAAGAAGGAACCAUGAGCUCGACGACGAUACCAUCCACAUCCACCGCGCCCGUAAUAGCAAACGGCCGAUCUGGCAAGGCACCAGUCUCAACGUUGCCCUCGCCGCAACGGGAAUUAAAUCUCAAUCUGGCCGACCACAGAAGCGGUGAAGACAAGCUUGAGAUAUCUUUAAAGGACUUGAGCCUCAGGGAAAAAGCCCCUAAUCUUGUUGUGAACGGUAGUGGACCUUUGGCUCCUGAGAGGCCUGCAGUCGUCGUCGGUAGAGACAGCGGAUCCGACGAUUCUCAGCGAGCUGAUUCGAGUUCCGAACUCGGAACUAAGCCUCCUAGUCUGGAUGGAAAGAGCAUCACUUCAGGCACAACAUUUGCACUCGAUGAGAAGGAAUCGCUAAGACCUGAUGAUAGCGCCAGUGUCAAGGCCGCUGCAGAAGAUGACGAUGCUUUCUCUGUACGCGGUUCAUUAGUUGCUGGAUCUCGCAUGGGCUCAGAGGUUGCCGCACGAGCUCGAAUGCUUCACCUUGGCGAUAUUCCGGAGCGAAGGAUACCACAACCAUUUCCAGGCACCGCGGCUCAAGGAGUCCUGACUCCCCAGAGCUCAUCAUCUGAACAACCCCCCGGUGCACCCAUGGGCACUCCUGGCUCCUCAGAUGCCCUUGGUGUUAUCUAUCGACAGGCACCGGAUGAUAAACUUCUAGAAGCCAUGGCAUCGCCCAAGGACAGACUCUUUCUACUGCGGCUGGAGAAACAGGUCAUUGAUUUUGUGCAGGAUUCCAAUCCCAGUGUGCCAAAUAGCAGCACCCCGCCUCCUAUUGUUCUACCCAAGAAGAUCAUGCGACGCGGCCAAGAUGGUGAAGGUGGCCCAAGUGCUAGCCCCUCUAAGCCAACUUCCGAGACCGGCAGUGAUGCCAAAGAUAAGCCAUCGGCGAACCAGAAACUUACUAGGGAAGAGCGAGAAGAGCAGUAUAAACUAGUACGUGAGCGCAUUUUCGGUAGCUCGGAAGACAGUGUCACAGAAGAGGGCGACAACGGCGUUUCAAGAGCCAGUUCAGUGUCAGCUAAGGACAAGUCCAAUGUCGGAAAACGAGGUAAAACUGGCAAACAACGACGUGAUGAUUCGGACAGCUUCGAUUCACGACAUCAGUACACACCCUAUUGGGGACCUCAGCAACAGACUUGGAUAUCCCAACCGCAGUAUAUGCCGCCGCCCAAUACUCAAUACGGCGCCCAAGCACCACCAGGACCAGCAUACCCAGGUCAAGUCGCACCUGUCUACACACAUCAGGGUCCCGGAUACCCUACGAUGCCAGCUAUGCCAUCAAACCAGGCAUAUCCUCAGUACUCAGCCCCUCCGUAUGCUCCUCAAGCCGCCCAACAGCGCUAUCCUUCUGGUGGGAGCCCUAUGACUAACUAUGGUGCACCUGUUCCUCCGGUUGGCCCGCAGCAACCUGCUUGGCAACCAGGCCUUGCUCCUCCUACUCAAUUCCAGGCGAGGGGGGGAACCCCCACCGGUCCUCAAGGGCAUAUGGGAAUUCCUUAUGCAUAUGGACAGCUCCCAGCAAAUAUCAACCCCCAUGAUCCUAAGAGCCAGCAUCCAAUUCCCGGUAGUUAUAAUCGCAACCACGCCUUCAACCCGAAGACACAAUCGUUUGUGCCUGGUGGUGGGGGUGGCAUGGCUCCUGUCCAGCCUCCACAGCCGCCAUUCACUGCUCCCGGAUCGCAUCAUGGCAGUCCUCAAGUCGGAUCACCUCAUCUAGCCUAUCCUGGCGGUUAUCAACAGCCAAUGUCUCAGCCUUAUGGGGGCGGAUACGGUAUGGUAAGGCAGGGGUCUAGCAACUCGAUGCCUGCGUAUUCUUCUCCCCGCGUUGCUCAUAUCCAACACGCACCGCCGCCGCCGCCUGUGAUGCCGCAGAACCCCCCGCACAUGGCUCCCCAGCCUCUCCCCCCUCAUUAUAAUAUCCCCCAUCGACCUAACAUCCCACAAGUACCUAGCCAGCCCUUCUCGCAUUUGCCAACAUAUGGCAACCCCGCCACUCUACCCCAGAAACCAGCUACUGGAAUUUAA